AGUGUAUCGAGUUCACUCAUCUUCCCGUUGAUUCUCCUCCCUUCUUUAGCCUGCCUUUGUUGUUUUCUGUUCAGAGAAAGGAUAGCGAGCGGUCGCAUGGACACUGCAGUUGUUGACAACAUGUGGACGUUUUUCUAUGUAAUGUUUGAAUCGUGAAUACGUAUGGAUACAGUCGGUAAGGACGACUGGCGGAGACGCACGAGGAGCGCGCGAGCCUACAAACAAGCCGUAGCACGAGCUGACGAGUCCAGUGUGCUGCGGUGUUUGAGCGUUGGAAACGCGGAAGACGGCAAUGACAUGGAGGAGGACAUUGGCCUUUUCAAGGAGGACAGUCUUGAGCGCAGGGUCAUGGCGCCCCGUUACAGCCUCCUGCGGGAGGUGGGAAGGGGCACAUACGGCGUGGUGUACGAAGCGGUGGCCCGGAGGACUGGUGCGAAAGUUGCCGUGAAGAAACUACGAUGCGACGCGCCGGAAAACGUAGAGCUCGCCUUGCAGGAGUUCUGGGCGCUGGCAAGUCUGGAAAAACGGCAUCAAAAUGUGGUGCAACUGGAAGAGUGUGUGCUACAGAGGAACGGUAUGGCUCAGAAAAUGAGUCAUGGGAACAAAAGGUCCAAACAGUACCUGCGUCUGGUGGAGACUUCGCUAAAAGGUGAGAGAGUGCUUGGUCCUCCAGAGGAGUCUUGUUACCUCUGGUUUAUCAUGGAGUUCUGUGAAGGCGGCGAUCUCAACCAGUUCAUCCUGUCUAGGCGGCCCGACCCACUAACCAAUAACAGCUUUAUGCUGCAGCUGACCAGCGCCGUUGCUUUCCUGCACGAAAACAACAUUGUCCACAGAGACCUCAAACCUGACAACAUCCUUAUCUCAGAGAAGUCGGGGGCUCCAAUUCUCAAGGUGGCUGACUUUGGCCUGAGCAAAGUGUGCGCUGGUUUAGGACACUCCAACGAACGUAAAGAAGGCGAAGACAAGAACAAAAACGUUAACGUCAACAAGUUUUGGUUGUCAUCGGCGUGUGGCUCAGACUUCUAUAUGGCUCCUGAGGUGUGGGAGGGUCACUACACAGCCAAAGCUGACAUAUUUGCCUUAGGCAUCAUUAUCUGGGCCAUGUUGGAGAGAAUUACCUUCAUUGAUGCUGAAUCUAAGCGGGAGCUGCUGGGUUCUUAUGUGAGACAAGGAGUUGACAUUGUGCCGGUGGGCGAGGCACUGCUAGAGAAUCCAAAGAUGGUACUGAACAUCCCACAGAAACGCAGGUCGUGUAUGUCCGAUGGAGUGAGGAAGUUGCUGCAGGACAUGCUCGCCGUCAACCCUCAGGACCGGCCCGAUGCUUUUGAGCUGCAGGCCAGAGUGGACCAGGUUAUGUGUGCCACAUGACCCUCAACCACAUUGUUUCACAGACUUGUGAUUCUACCGGGAGCUGCUUCAUCAGCGCGGGUCCAGCUGCUUUGAUCUGAAGACUGUGAAGAUAAAGGAGAAGCAAAGGAAGCUCGUGACUCAUCAAGUUUGGAUGUUGAAAUGGGAUUUUUAUUUUCACAGUGAGGUCAUCUGCCAAUUCAAAAGAGAAUGUUUGUCUUGACCUGCAUAUUAUGAUAAAGCAUGAACACAUCCUGCUGUUUAGUGGGAAGCUUGAUUAAACGGAUGUAACCAUCAAAUAAUCGAGUUCUGGAGAAAUUCCCAUCAGAAAACAUUAUGGUGACACUGCUUAACAAAAGACAGAGCAUCGGUUGACUGUAAAUGUAAGCUAAGGUGCGUGCGUGCAUGCGUGUAGUAGCAAUUGUCUCCAGGUAUUGGGCAUUUUGAUAAUAUUGGAUGAAAACAUUAGAUGCCCACUGCUAUUGGAAACCACUCGCUUCAAGUGGUGGAGUUUCAGUUGUCUAAAACUUCAGUCUGGUCUAAUGUCAGAUGUUUAACUUUGCUGCCAGUUUGGAUUGUAUUCCCUAUGCUGUGGUGGUGGUCGCCACACUAGGGAACGUUGUUGCCCUGUGUUGCCCCAGGGAGAUUUGACGGCUUUAUGUACUGACAAAAGUAGUGUCAACCUUUUUCUGUUGUUGGGUUUGAAUUUCUCCAGAUCUGUUGGUUUAUCUCGGAUCUUAUCAGAUCUUAGUCAUGGUUGGUCGCUAGAAGUGAAUGACUGUAAAAUCUUCUGUGAUAUUAUAAUUUAUAUACACAGUUUCACAUGUUCAUAUAUUAAGUCAGUUUUCUGUAAAUUCAAUUGAGACUGUUAAUCUAAAUCCUGUGAUUUCAGUACUAUAGUCAUCAUGUUCUUUAACUCCCAGCAUUGCCUGCAAACUCCUGAAGCAUCAAAUGCUUUUAAAGUGAUCGUUAACUUAACAAUAAUGCAGAAUUUGUAUCAUUUAACAAAUGUCUUGCACUUGGAAACUGGAUAAUGCUAUAUAUUUUUAGCCUGGGUUUUGAUCACUUGGCACCUUCCUAAGGUUCAUAUUAGUGUUGCCUUCAUGUAAUGCUCAAAUAAUGAACCCUAGUUAGCAUAAGAUCUGUCUGAGAGUUUCUCAUGGACAUGUGGAUAAAGAACUUUUGUAAGGGAAUCCCGGGUCACAUUUAAGGAUAAUUGUAGUUAAAAUAGUUUAAAAAGUUCAUGUUUAAAUUUCAUAUUCUUACAAACAUAAAAGUGAAAUGUCUGUUAUAAGUACAUGUCGAAAAGAAAAGCAGAAACUAGACACGUAAUGGGUGAGAGUAUGUCCUGGAGACAUGCACGACACACACCGUGCUGAGCACAGCUGAUUUGAUUUCAUGCACACUUUGAUUUUCACUGUAAUCUCAUCAGUUAUACCUAAUGGUGCCUUGAAUUUGCUGGUCAGGUAACAUUUAGAUCGGCUGUUAUAUUUGUCUUUUAUUUGGCACUCCAAAUACAUUAUUCAUGGUACAUGGUCUUGAUAAUUUAGUUUCUUCAGUAUUUUGGGUUUGAUUAUGGAGCAGUGAGGAAUGAUAGAUGUAUUGUUACUAUACAUGUAUUAUUUACUAUUUUUAAUUAUAUUGUUUUUCUGUAGAACAUGUACUGUUGAGUAAAAUCUAAUUUUAAAGGGAACUGAAGAUGGAAUGUUUGAACAGGUGCCAUUCAUGUUAAAGGAGCAAAGCCGCAGAGCUAUUGCUGAGCGUUUCAGGUGGAUUACAAGUUCUAAGCUGUGAUGACUAGGAUGUGUUUCUUGUUGAGGAAUAACGACACUCAAUCUAAGCGUUGCUAAAAUCAGCCCCAGGCAUAGUGGUGACGAAUAAUUCUGCCUGUGAUGUGAA